UAACGACGGGCAUCAUUGAUGAUAAAAAAAAAAUAAAGUCAUUCCCACAUUUUUUCCCUACAACGAUUGAUUAGAUUUUAAUUACAGACCACGAAAAAAAACUUUUGUUUGCUCAUUUUUCUUCAAUUAGGAUUUGACAGUUGACGAAAGAAGAAGAAAAUCACGGGAAGGAAUUUGUGUGUUUUUUUUUUGUGCGUUAUGGAAUGAUUGUCCAUCAUAAUCAUUCAUCGAAGUUUGCAAGUUCAUAAUUACUUUCAUUACGCUUAUUUUGCCCGACCAAAAAGAAGGAACAAGAAUAAGUUGUGAUAAUCAGAAAAAAUAAUUAAGUAAUUAAAACUUGUUACCAUAAGGAACGAGGUAAACAAGAUUUAUUGUUGGGGUAGGAAGGAACAACAGCAAGAGCCAUCAAAUUCACACAGCGACAGCAUAAAAAAUGUCAUUAGCAAAUGAUGAAUUAGAUGAAAGUCAAAUAACAGCGAUGGAUUUGCCAUUAGAAUUUAAGGUCAAAUAUUUGGGUAGUCAGCAUUCGAGAGGAUUAUGGGGAAUUAAAAACACACGUCGACCCGUUGAUACCCUUGUUACAGUUGCCAAAAAUCUUCCACCAAAUAAAACAUUGCCAUUCUGUAAUUUAAUAGUUAAGGUUGACGGCGUACAUAUUGACACAUUACCAACAACAUCUGCAUCAUCAUCUUCAUCUUCAUCAAUAAUUAGUCCCAUGUAUUGGCCAAUCGAUCAAAUAUCCUACGGCGUACAAGAUUUAGUCUACACACGUGUCUUCGCAAUGAUUGUAGUUAAGGAUGAGAAUCAACUAAGGAGUGAAAAUCCAUUUGAAGUUCAUGCAUUUGUAUGUGAUAGUCGUGCAAUGGCACGUCGUCUUACUUAUGCACUUGCUGCAUCCUUUCAAGAAUAUUCAAGGAAAGUUAAAGAAGCUGAAGAGAGUAACAAUAAUAAUAAUAAUGAAAGUGUGACUGAUUCACUGAUUAAGAGGAAAUUUGCCAUAGAUUUGAGGACACCUGAAGAAAUGAAUCAAUCGCAUGAAACGGAAGCUUGAUGUGAUUGAAAGUUUUGUAAUUUAUGCUAGUUUAUUUAAAGUUUUAAGGAUGAUUUUAGACAGUUUUGGUGCAAAAAUAGUUUUUAUAAAUUGAUUUGAAGGAGUUUUUGAAAUGAGCUGGAUGUGGAGCUGCUGGAAGAGUUAAGGGAUAAGCUGCGAGAAGUAAGCCCAUUGAUGAUUUUGGCUAUAGAAAUAUUGAAUUUUCCAGCUAGAUUAGUCAUAAAAGACCAAUAUAAUGC